GACUAGUCGGAGUGCGAUGGAGAUGUCAAGGGUGUUGGUGAUGUUGGUCCUGGCCGGGGUCGGACCUUGCAGAGGUCAGGACGGAGAGUCCUUGGCCACCAGCUUCUUAUCAGGUUUGCUAGACACCAUAACAAGCACAGCGGACAGCAAGGAUUGUCCUGGAGUGUGUGUUCACACCCUGGCCACACUCAUAUGCUACGAGGUGUUGGAGGAUGUAGCGUGUCCAUCACCGUCCAUGCGGUGCUGCAUAGAGUCUCCCCCCGCCAAUGCUACUAAGGCUCCAUCAGCACCACCCCCCGCUCAGCAAACACCGUCACCUCUACCUUCCUCCACCUCUCAGACUCCAGAUCCAGGGUUAACUAAGCCAGAAGCGGCUCCCUUGACAAAAAAUAAGGACGAUGCAGGUAAAAACUACACUGCGUGUCCGGGCGUGUGUGUUGCUGAGAGGAUAGCAGACUACUGUGAGGCAGUGCUGAACGUUGCGUCCCUGUGCAAGCAAGGGCUAAGGUGCUGUGUCUCUCGUGACUCCUACGGUGAGGACGCUCCUCCAAGCCUGGUCAUCAUGGACCGCAACGCAACCAAGUCAGCAGCAACGACCACCACCACCACAGUGGCACCCACCCAGCGGCCCCCCGCACCAGCACUGAGACCCUGCCGCGGCGAGUGUGUCAGCGGACUGUACGCACUCUUCUGUGACGACAUCGACACACAGGCUCACUGUCCCGGGGAUGACAGCUGUUGUAUAACUCUACCUGCCAGUACUGAGCCACCCCCUCGCCCUCGUCCUGCCACUACUACCCCCACAACUACCACCCCCCGCCCCACAGCCUCCACGCCUGCCCUGCCCAAGUGUCCUGGCUUCUGCUUGCUGAACAUCAUGGCAGCGUUCUGUGAAAGGCCAUCAGUCUUGAUACCUCACACUUGGAACUGCAAGCGAGGCUCAGUCUGCUGUGACAACACCAGACAACCUACGACGUCCAAGCCAAAACCAACCACCACCACGACGACAACCACUCCCGCACCACCUGACGCUAGGCCUGACUGUCCUGGCUCAUGCAUUGUGUCCUACUUAUCAUUCACUUGCUUCAGAAAUGCUGAGAUGACAGAGUUAUUCAAAUGUCGCAAGUCAGGCACUCAGUGUUGUGCCCCCAAGUCUGUUAUACGAGAGUUGGUGGAGCAGAAGAAUGGAGGUGGCGCGGGCGGGCCAACUGCCUCUAGAAACGACAGCAUUGCAGCUCAAUACCAGCCUCACUACGCCCCCCAACACUCACAAGUUACGAUAACAACCAGUACAGUGCGGCCGCCAGUCUACAGCAAGUACGUGUGUGGAGUGAAGGGGACGGCACGAGGAGGUCGCGUGGUUGGAGGGGAAGAUGCAGACCCUGCCGAGUGGUGUUGGCAAGCGGCUCUUAUCAACUCACUCAAUCAGUAUCUGUGUGGCGGAGCACUCAUCGGCACUCAGUGGGUCCUCACAGCGGCUCAUUGUGUCACAAACAUAGUGAGGUCGGGUGAUGCCAUAUAUGUGAGGGUGGGUGAUCACGACCUGACUCGCAAGUACGGCAGUCCUGGUGCUCAGACACUCAGGGUCGCCACUACAUACAUCCACCACAACCACAACAGCCAGACGCUGGACAACGACAUCGCGCUGCUCAAGCUGCAUGGACAGGCGGAGUUGAGGGACGGAGUGUGCCUUGUGUGUCUGCCUGCCAGGGGCGUAUCUCACACUGCGGGCAAACGCUGCACUGUCACAGGCUACGGCUACAUGGGCGAAGCCGGUCCUAUACCGCUGAGAGUACGUGAAGCCGAAAUACCGAUUGUAAGUGACGCUGAGUGUAUUAGGAAAAUCAACGCUGUGACAGAGAAAAUAUUCAUUCUGCCUGCAAGCAGCUUCUGUGCAGGCGGAGAGGAGGGGAAUGAUGCAUGUCAGGGUGAUGGCGGCGGGCCCCUAGUGUGUCAAGACGAUGGUUUCUACGAGCUCGCUGGACUGGUGUCGUGGGGUUUCGGCUGUGGCAGAGUUGACGUGCCAGGAGUUUACGUUAAAGUGUCGUCGUUCAUCGGAUGGAUCAAUCAAAUUAUCAGUGUGAACAACUUGUGAAAAGCAAAACACUUUUGAUGUCCAAGACAUCUUUCGUGACUUGAAAAGCUUUAAAUGCCAACUAUACCUCUAAAAACCACAUAAAGAGCAAGGAGAAUGAGUUUUAUUGAGCUUUUGAAAGGAUCUCAACAAAUUAUAAAAUGAUGCGAGGAAAGAAAAGUAAUAUUGUUACAACCACUCUAAGGAUGGUUCAGAUAAAAAACCCUAUAUCCAAAUUAGUUUAAAAUAAAAACGGGCUAAAAUAGUGUUUUUCAUAAAAGCUUUUUAUGGCGGGGAAGU